AUGUCACGUCGGAGCCAGAACCCGUCCAUUCGUGGACGGCUCCUCCUAGCUCUCGCCGCGUUGUUCCUCUCCGCCGUCCUUCUCAGCUCCUUGUUCCGCGUAGCAGACGCAGCUUCGCGGGAGCUUCUGGCGGCCGACGAGGCAGUGGACCCGGAUGGCGUCACAGGAUGCCAUCGUGGCGAUGGCGUGUGGGCGCGCUGCGUCCCUCUCACGGCGGGGGAAGUCAGAGAGAUGUUCCGACCGGGGACAGACCUUGGUGGCGUGACGACUCUGGUGGAUGCCGAUGAUCAGGAUGUUGCCGCCAACGCAGACCACUCCCGAAAGCUUGCUGAGGUGGAACUCCCCGAUGCUGACGUGGAUGAGAGCGUCUCUGACGUGGAAAUCGUGGAGGAGGUUGUUGCCAUCAGCAGCGAUGACGUGGACGCCGUGCUGGAAGAUAGCAUCGGCCUGGAUGACGUGGCCGAGCAGAGCGUCCAGCCUGCUGACGUCACGGUAUAUGACGUGGCACUGAUGGUUAACGAGCAGCAGGGGAAGAUGGAGGAGGAGGCGGAGCAAGGGCAAGGGUAUUUAAGGAUGGCCGCCGCGGACAGCGCUGCUAACGCUGAGAGUGCUGCUGUUAGCGCGAGUAGCGGUGCUGAUGGGGAGGGAUCCGCGGACUCCCCGCGGCGACGCGUGCUGAGGGAGCUGGGGUACGGGUACUGGUUCGCCGUUGAUAACCAGCUGCUGGACGAAGAGGGGCGCGUGAUUAAAUUCUCUGGAGUGACGUGGAAUGGCUUUGACACGGAGAACUGUGUGGUGGACGGCAUAGCGGGCGGCAGCGGCUCGUCCUAUUCGGACCACCUGGAUAAGAUCCAGGGCGCGGGGUUCAACGUGGUGCGGCUGCCCUUCUCCACGGAGUGCCUCAUGUACAACGAGAGGACGCCCGCACGGGAGGCAAUCGAUUUUGAGCUCAACCCGGAUCUCAAGAACAUGACUGUGAUUCAAGCCAUCGAUGCUAUAGUGAAGGCGUGUCGCGACCGUGGGCUGAGGGUCAUUCUCGCCAACACGCGCAUCGGCCCCGCCCUGCCGCCCCUCUUUGAGGACGACCUGGGCGUGUGGUGGGACGCAGGGCACUCGGAGGCCGUGUGGAUCGGCAACUGGCUCAAGCUGGCGCAGCGAUACAUCGGGGAGAGGGCGGUUGUUGGGGUCGAUCUAUACAACGAGAUUCACAACCACCCGUCGCAUCCCGACAUCAUAUGGGCGGGGGACAACGUGGGCGAGCCGUACAACUGGCGCACUGCUGCCAAAAGGGCUGCGGACGCCAUUCAGUCGGUCAACCCCGACCUGCUGAUCAUUGUGCAAGGGCUGGGCACGCAGUACACAUGGCGGGGGGCGGACCAGAGGGGGGUCAUGGCACACCCGCUCAAGCUCAAGGUCAAGUACAAGCUGGCCUACGCAGUCAACGAUUUCGGCCCAUUUGUGGACCCCAAGAAGCCCUGGUUCAAGGACCCCAACUUCCCAGAAAACCUCGAGGGAUACUGGGACACUGCGUUUGGUUUCAUCCCCCAGAAGAACUUCACCCCCCUUAUAGUCACGCAGUGGGGCAGCCGGUUCCCCUCAGUUGAAAACACGUCCACGGAUUUCCAGGAGAUGCAGUAUUUGGAGAAGUUUCAGCGGUAUAUCCGGUCGAGGAGUGCGGGGUGGGUGUGGCUCACGUGGGGGCCAACGAACAAGCAAGUGGGCGGGCUUUUAGCUAAGAGCUGGAAGAAGAUGGAGCAGCCGAAGAUGUCGUUUCUGCAGCCGAUUAUGCAUCCCGGGUUCGGGCCGGCCAAUGGGGAGCAGCCGUGGACGGCGCCAGAUCAUGAUAAGCUGGUGGUGUUUUCUCCAGACACGAACGUGACUGUGAUCGGAUCGGGAGAAGACCUGAGUCCUAAGCUGCAGCGCCCUCAAUGGAAUGCUGCUGCUCACAGCCCUCAUGGCCCAGUGGCUUUCACACUCAUGUACUGCCUUGUCCUAGCUUUUAUUGUGUCACUUAGUGCAUUCUGA